AUGAUGCGCGCUCCCGAGGUCAAGUGUAUGUGCACGGCGGCUCCCACGCGCUCCCAUGCCACACACAACGGAGUGAAGAUGGCGAUGAGAGCAGCGCUGCGGUGCCUCUCCGCAAACUUACCCACCGGACUUGGCAAGCUCUCGCCCGCGGCGGCUCUCCCUGCCACGCGGCUUCUGUGGUCAGCCAGGACACUGAGCACCACGGCCGCCCGCUCCGAAGCUUUAAAGUUCACAGAUAAGCACGAGUGGGUGCGAGUACAAGGUGACAUUGGCACUGUCGGUAUCAGCAAUUAUGCUCAGGAAGCUUUAGGUGAUGUGGUGUACUGCGGACUCCCAGAAGUCGGCCAAAGCCUCGAACAAAUGGAGGAGUUUGGCGCCUUGGAAAGCGUGAAGGCCGCCAGCGAGCUUUACUCGCCGCUGACUGGUGAAGUUAAGGAAAUCAACAGCGAGCUGGCAGACAAUCCCGGGCUGGUGAAUAAAGCUUGUUAUACAGAUGGUUGGCUCAUCAAGAUGACCAUAGAUAGGCCGGAUGAACUGGAGGGCCUCAUGGAUCAAGCUGCAUAUGAAAAUUUUCUCAAAUCACUGGAAUCAUAAACCAUAAAUUCUUUGUGCUAUUUUGUACUUCAGUAACAUCUUGCAACACCCCUCAUCCUCUGUGCUAUUUAUUGUGAUACUGAAACGGUGCCAUGAGAAUAAUUCUAGUCUGUUGAUAGCUUUUGUUUUCAACAAUAUUAAUUCGUUCAGUUGGUAAAAUCUCAUAAGGGCUCUUGGGAAUGUUGGGUCCUUAUUUGAAAUGUGCACAAAUGAGAUGGAUGACCGGACAGUAAUUGUAAAUGCUGUCAACUUCAUGAAA